GAUUAAAAACUACACUUCCCAGAAAUCAGCUAGAGCACCUUGGUCUCCAUGACAGUCUUGUUAUUGUUGUUCAGCAGAUAAUCAUGGAUUGAUGAAGAAUACAGCUGAUUUCCACCUCAAUAAACAUUUCUAAAAACUCCGUCGACGAAAUGGUGGAGUAGUCCGACUUUUUGUUUCAUGUUCGCGGACGGGUUUUUCUCGCCCACACCAGGUUUGUCAGUUCAGGCUCGGCCCAGUGCAGUGCUGGAUGCUGCAUAUUUUCUCACAUUUUUCUGAGCUGUGAUACAUUCUGUGUGGUCGGACUGUGGGUGAAGCAUGAGAGACCAGCGGUGGUGCAGCGGCCCGGUCCGGACACUGGAGGCUCGGAGUCGGAUCACAGGCUCACAGACGGAGGAGAUGCGUAUGCUGUAACAGCAUCAGGAGGAUGAUUUCUCGAUACAGCCGUCGGCCUGUAUCUCACAACCUAGAGAUUCGUGGUUUGUCCCGCAGUUGUCUGGACCAGCAUCCUCUUCCAGAGGAGGCAGACAAUGGUACUGCGCAUUCCUCCAGACUCCUGCACAAUCUACAGGAGGACAUGUCCUUAUACAGCAGGUCUGAGGAGUCCUCUGCAUCAUCCGUCAGAUCAGGAUGUCAGACACUCACCACAGAUGACACUGUUCCGUCUUGGUCUGGUAUCCAUAGUUACACAGGAACUGGCAUCUCGACAGAACGCAGCUCUGUCUUCUCGUGGGGCUACGAUGAAUUUGAUAAAGCCGCUUCCAGGCAGGUCCAGCAGAUGUUUGAAGAGAUUGACGAACUGUUGUAUGAAAGAAAGUGUGAAACUCAGCUUAAAGGACUCCAAGAUGAGUGUCAAGAGUGGGCUUUCCGAUUCCCUCAUCUGCGGAUUCUUGGAACGCAGGUGGUAUGUCCUACAGAUGAAGGAUUCCAGUGGUAUGCCACGCCAGCUCAGACCCCCAGCCCCUCUAGCAGCUUCCAGAGCAAAGAGAACACUGUCAGCGAGUUGUAUGUUCAGGGUCGGAGGGCGGUUUUGUGUCGGCCCACUGUGGAGGUGACCAACACCAGUAUUAAAACCAGUGGUAACAAUGAAGAUGAGCUGCCCAGUGUGAUCGAGGCCGAAGGGCUAAUAGAAGAGUAUCUGGCCUACGACUGCAGAGACAUGGAUGAAGAAUGUGAACGUGAGUAUGUGAGCAGACGGAGGAGGCGGAGGCGGUGCCUGCCCCCUGUCUCACCCUAUCGAUGUCGUCAGGAGGCGGUGCUUGAUCUGCUGUUUGACGACGUAUGGCGUGAGCUCAUUGGCUGGAUAGAGGAGCUUGUACGUAAACACUGGGAUGGAUAUGUGUUAGAUGAUGAGAAGAGUACCGUGGCCCUCAGCCCUAAAUGUCCUGAUCCUCAGAAUCCAUUCAUGCUGCUGUCCAAUGUCUCCACCGUGCUUCCUCCUCUUUCACAGACCAGAACACAACAGCUCACGACAAACUUGCAGGCCCAGAGCUCAAAGUCAUGGGGUUCAAAGCACAAGUCAAGACGGAAAUCCAAAAAGCAGAGAAAGUCAUCGACUACCAGUCGAGUGCCUGUAGGACCGGCGGUUGCUCAUCACAAUCUUAAUGACCUCAUCAUGAUACAUGGCAUUCCACUGCAGCAAAGGAACCUGGGAACUCUGGACCGAUUAAAUCAGUCUGACUGUAGGGACUCUGAGGACAAAGUGUCUCAUCGUCCUGGCUCUAGUGUGAUCCCUGCCGGUAAACCCCGGCCCCGCAGGGCACUGGAUCAAAGCACUUCAUCUUUGACUCGCCCCCCUCAGUCUGCACGGCGACGGAACCCACCUCCUCGAAAUCUGAUGCCAAUUACGUCCAGCGUAACACAGCCAAUCACAACCAUGGAGGAGGUGGUCAGAGGCACUAGACUGACAACUCCCAGUGAUCGUUUGACUUCACCUCCAAUGCAUCUCAGUAGAAACACACUCCUUCCUCCCAUUGGCACAGGAGACAUAGACCAUGUAUACUCCGGACAACACACACGGCUUAUACAGAAGCAGAGAGGAUCCUCCAGUCGUGCACACAGUGCAGUGACAGAUGAGGGUAUCAGUCUGCAGCCCAGAGACAAACUACAUCUGCUGGACGUGUUUUCCAGACCCAACACCACACACACCUUUAGGUCAGACACCCCUUAUCACCGUUCAUUCACUGGGAUAGACAACAUCGGGCAGGGUCGACCUGGCAGGGCAUCUGUUGGCGUAGAUUCUCUGGGAAUUGGUGUGACUGGAAUCAGUUUGGGCAUCAGCAGCUCCUCCUUUAUAGACUCAUUUUCCCAUCAUCCAAUGGGCCAUUUCCCAAUCGGGCACGAGGAGGAGCCAGAUGCAAAAGCCUCAGGUCAAGCACGCUCGCAUAACAGAGGUGGUUCAACGGCACGCAGUAGCAGACCAGGGCUUUAACACAAACACGUAAACACAGACACACACACAAAAUCCCCCUUAGCUUCUUGAACCAAACUCACCUCAGCACUGACGCAACUUUUCUUCAGUACUGACAGACACUUUGUAAGUCUGCUGGACUUUUGUAUGACGCGCUGUUUGAGCGUGGACCUUAUUUAUGACCGCUGUUGUUAUUAAUAUUAUUAUUAUUAGUAGUAGUAUUGUUAUUCAUGUUGUUGUUUGAAAUUUUCUAAAACCCUAUUUUUGUAUAUUGGACUAUUCAGCUUCAUAUGGCUGCCAAAUACAGGAAACUGUCUAUCCCUUACAUCUGCAGAUGUACUGUACAUGCUGUACUGUAUGGAGUAACAACUUUUGGUUUUCUCUUAAGAUGGCUCUGUGAGGCCUCCAUGGAGUUUCUAUGCAGGUUCAUAAAAGCAGGGAGUUUAAAUAGCCAGAAUGUUGCCCGCACCGGAGUGUUCGAGACCCUUUUUGGAUCGUGGAACCUGCUAUGGAAGAUUUAUACUGUCUGUAUUCUAGACGGAUGUUUCAUCGUGAUGCAAUUCCAACCACUUUAUAUCCACGAUCUUGGACCAUAGGUGUGUAAGAAUUCUUCGUUUUGUAUCAUGAUUCCGUGAUCGUGGAAUGUUCAAUAGCAAUUGUAACAUCCGAAAGGACUCUAAGGUCUUAUUUCCAGCAGUGUAAACCGCAAUGAAUGGUUUUUCAGAGAAAAACACUGAUAUUCUGGAAGCAUACCCGCAAUAUGAGGGUGGGCCGAUACAUUAGUACAGCCUACAUAAUGACAGGUGAAAGAGGAUUUCAAGUUUCAAGUUUCUUAUUUUAAAACCGUUCGCUAUUCAGAAAAAUAAGCCGUGAGUGAGCCUUAAGGUGCAGUCCCAUUUAAUGUUACUCAGCUUAAAUUUCAAGUGGUGGACAAGUACACAAAUCACGUAUUUAGUAACAACGCAGAUACACUAGUGAGUUCUCUUUUUCAAUUUAAAUUAUUUAAAAUUACAAAAGUAGGUCCCACUUUAUAUUAAGUGUCCUUAACUACUAUGUACUUGC